AUGGCUGUGUUCAAGUUCGCUGUGGGUCUGCUGGCCCUGCUGCUGGUGUCUGCCUGGGCUGAGGAGGUGGAGGUGAGGCAGUUUCACAGUAUAACACAUGCAACCUGUCUUCUCCUUCAUAGAUUCAUGACAGAUGAGAUUGUGGAGGACACCAAUGCUGAGCUGUCUGUGUCUGAGCUGCUGGAGAGAGCCAACAGGGACCGCACUCCUGACUUUGAUGAGCCCGAGCUGAUGGGAGACAUCGCUAUCAACUCUCCUGAUGAGAGGAACGCCGACCCCUGCACUUCCCGCGGUUGCAUGUGGGGCAAGUACAAUGACGGCAAAGUCUACGUGCCCUACGUCAUUGCCAACCACUACUCUUCCCGCGAGCUGUCUAUCAUUCAGCGUGGUCUUGACUCCUUCUCCUCCAUGUCCUGCAUCCGCUUCAAGCGCCGCUCCAACGAGAGGGACUACCUCAGCAUUGAGUCUCGUAACGGAUGUUACUCCUACGUUGGUCGUACUGGUAACGCUCAGACCGUGUCUCUGAGCCGUUCCGGCUGCUUGUACCACAACACCGUCCAGCACGAGCUGCUCCACGCUCUGGGCUUCAACCACGAGCAGACCCGCAACGACCGUGACAACUACAUCCGUGUGGUCUGGGAGAACAUCAUUACCGACAUGAAGCACAACUUCAACAAGAUCAACACCCUCAACCAGGGAACUUCCUAUGAUUACAACUCCGUCAUGCAGUACCACAAGUAUGCAUUCUCCAAGAACAACCGCCCUACAAUGGUGCCCAUCCCUAACAGCAAUGUUGAGAUUGGCAAGGCCACCCAGAUGAGCCAGAAUGACGUCAACAGGCUCAACAGGCUGUACAAGUGCUUGGACUGUCUUGGGAUGGGGUGUCCUCCUAAAACCCACUCUGUGUUUUUCUUAUCCGAACAGAAGCUCGCAGGCAUUGAUCAGGACAACAGCCAGGCUGCCUGA